UUUAUCUCGAAACGGCAAACAAACAUGUUCAGCCUUCGAAUCCACUCCGUCGAGUUCCCCGACGCCAUCGCCGACCGCACCACUGCCGGAGCCGACGAAGUCGGCACCAGCAGCGGCGCCCCCGGUUGCAUAACCGCGUCUAGCCCCAUCUCCCCGCGCUCCGGUCACCCUCUCCCCUCCACCGCCUCCCCCACGACACCUCUCGAGCUGCCCGGCGCAACCUCCGCCGCGUCGGCACGAAACCCUAGGAUCCAGCACACCCGCGGCAUCCUGCACCUCUACCGCUCCUCCACCUCCUCGCCCGCUUCGUCCUACGCCUCCGCCGUCGCCGCCACUCCCUCCUCGUCCUCCUACUCCGGGCCGACCGCCCCACAGCUCCCCUGCGACUCUCUGCUCCCGUCAUGGCGCGGCACGCGGCUCCUGGUGCUCGCCGUCCCGACCCGCGUCUCGUCAGACGACUUUGUACGCUUCUGCGGCCCUUAUGUUGAGCACGCCUCCGAUAUUCGUGUGAUCAGUGAUGAUGGGGUGGAGGACCGGUACAGUGUGCUUGUGGAGUUUGAGGAUCAGAAGAGUGCUGAUGGAUUCUACCUGGACCUGAAUGGUUGGAGGUUCUCUUCAUCGGAGGUGGAGGUGUGCCAUGUUCUGUUUAUAGUUGCCGUGCAGUACACAUCGUCAGCCGAGAUCGCGGUCAUUCCACCAGUUGGAUCUACUGAGCUCCCGACAUGUCCUGUUUGCAUAGAAAGAUUGGAUCAAGAUAUCAGUGGAAUUGUGGCAACGAACUGUGAUCAUUCUUUCCAGUGUUCAUGUGUUUCAAUGUGGGUCAGUUCAUCUUGUCCGGUUUGUCAGUUUUGUCAGAAGUUGUCUGAAACUCCUACAGAUCCUACAUGUUCUGUUUGUCAGACCUCUGAAAACCUCUGGAUCUGUGUGAUAUGUGGUUUUGUUGGAUGUGGAAGGUAUAAAGAAGGCCAUGCAAUUAGGCACUGGAAAGGCACUCAGCACUGCUAUUCUCUCGAUUUGGAAACUCAGCGUGUUUGGGAUUAUGUCGGUGACAGCUAUGUUCAUCGACUUAAUCACUCAAAAAGCGAUGUGAAGCAUGCCAAGUUCAAGUCAAAGUGUGAGUAUUCUGGUGACAACUGUGUGAACUGCUCAUGCAAUGAUCACUCAGAUAUGGGUGGAGCUAUAUUCAGCAGCAAAACAGAAACAAUCGUGGAUGAAUACAACCGUGUUCUUGCAAGCCAACUUGAAACCCAAAGAGAGUACUAUGAGGCUCUUCUGUCAGAGGCUAAGAAAGAAAGGGAACAGCACAUUUCUGUUGCUGUGGAUAAAGCUGUAAACGAUAAGCUUCAAGAGAUGCAACUUAAGCUUGAAAAUUUAGCGUUGGAGAAAAAGAAAGUUGCAGAAAUGAAUGAAAAACUCACGAAGAGCCAGGAUAUAUGGCGCCAGACAGUAAAAGGAAUAGAGGAAAGGGAGAGGGCACAACUGAAGCUGAAGGAUGACACGAUUAUUGAUCUGGAAGAACAGAUAAAAGAUUUCAAAUAUAACAUCAAGUUACAGAAGUCGAUACAGAAGAAUGCACACGCUGAUGACCUCCAAGGAGGUAUGCUGGUGCCGUUGGCUAUGGAAUCCGACUCCGGAAAGGGUAAAAGGUCGUCAAGAACAAGCAGGAGGAGGAAUUAGUGGUAGGUAGCUAAGCUUUGCUAAAAGUUGACAGCAUGAACCUGCAGCAGUGACGCACAUGCUGUAUAUAUAUGUAAUAGUGCAGCACUGCAGUGUCUUGACUAGCCGCAUACUGUUCUGAAGCGUGAUAAGGUACUACAGCAUUUUUAUUUUUAUUUUGCGAAAAGUACUACAGCAUUGUUGGUACUUGGUA